GUCAACGAACGCUGUGCGGUUGCGCCAGAGGAGGGCGGUAAUGCGGUGGUUGGUUUGCUUUAUCAGUCCACUGGCGGCCAGACCUGGUUACUAAUUAUAUAUCCCCGUUGUUGUUCUAUCUCUAGCUAACUGUAGUUUAUCUAUAGCUAACGCUAAUCCAACGGAACAAAGUAACGUUAACUACGCAUCAAGCUAACUUUGCGCGGAUUGGCCCGUGAAAGACAGCGGUGAGAUAAGUAAAGUUAACACAUCGCAGACUAGUUCGACGCACGCAGCGCUGCACCGACAGACGAUUCGAUAACUUCCAACUUCGAACAAAAGUAAGGACCGCAGAGCUGAAGAUGGCAUCCAAGAAAGUGGUCGAGGUGUUCUACGAUGUGGUGUCUCCCUACUCCUGGCUUGGCUUCGAGAUAAUGUGCCGCUACAGAAACGUGUGGAACAUUGAACUGAAACUGCGGCCCGCUUUUCUGGGUGGUGUCAUGCAAGGGUCAGGAAACAAGCCCCCUGGUGUGAUUCCGAACAAAUUCCAGUACAUGGGGAAGGAUCUGGCCCGCUUGUCGGAGUAUUUCGAUGUUCCCCUGCAGACUCCAGCUGACCCCUUUGAGGUCAUGUUCAACAAAGGCUCCUUGAACGCUAUGCGAUUUGUCACUGCAGUACAAGAGAGGGAGAAGCUUGGGGACAAUCAAGUGGAGCGGGUGUCCCGGGAACUGUGGAGAAGGAUCUGGAAGGAGGACAAAGAUAUCACAGAACCGUCAUCAUUGUCAGAGGCAGCGAUGAAAGCCGGAUUGUCUGACGGCGAGAUUAAAGAAGUGCUCGAGCUGUCCAGCUCAAAGGAGAUCAAAGACAAGCUGAAAAGCGCAACAAAGAAUGCUCUUGAUCACGGGGCGUUUGGCUUCCCGCUUCUGGUGUGCCACGUCAAUGGAAAGCCAGAGGUGUUUUUUGGAUCUGACAGAUUUGAGCUCAUGGCACACUGCAUUGGGGAGAAGUGGCUUGGACCUCAGCCUGACAAAUCCGCUUCCAAGCUGUAAGAUACUAAGCUUCUCACAGAUUCUCAUUCUAAUAAUGUCAUCAAGUGCUUUUCUGAUUCUCCAGAUGUCAUACAUGCAAUAGGCCUUAAUAAAAAAAAUGUAAAUAAUUUAAUGCCAUUGUACUGCUAAAUAUGUGCCUAUUCUAAAGAACACAGCUUCCAAUUGACACUUUUGUUUUAAUUUGUAAUGAAAUGCAAAGGUGCAUUUAUGGAAAUGAUUUAAAUUUGUACUCUACAUGAUGUAACACAUAAUUUAAGAUUUUUAUCGGCUACUGUCGAGGCGCUUUGAGUGGUGGGACAGUUGGUCCACCAUUUUUUUGUCCAGCCUGAAAUAACUCAAAAACUGAAGUUAAACCAUCAGAAUGAAUCGUAAAUAAAAGUUUGAUUACAAAACUG